AUGGAGGAAAAACCAUUUCAAAAGAGAAAUUCAGGUCUACAAAUAAAUUCGCAAGACAGUGGAACAAGCCGCACAACAUUUCAUUCGCUUCAGGAUCUGGGAGAUGACAUAAUGAAUGAAAGCUGGGAUCGUGUAAACGAAGGAAAACCAAAUGCAAAAAGUGAGAUCGUUCCCGAACAAUCACACUCCUCACCGUCAAUAUCAGCACAGAAAAUUAACACAAAAGAAGAGGAAAUAGCUAUCAGAUCAUCGAACUCUCAGUCAAAAAACCUUUCGCCAGAACCAAAAGCGGAUAUUCCAUACACAUAUUUCAGUAAGGAUCGAAGGCUAGUAAUUUUUGGAAUUAUCAUUUUCAUAGGGUUUUUGGGCCCAAUGUCAGGAAAUAUAUACAUUCCGGCUUUACCACUGCUGCAAAGGGAAUUUGAUGUAAGUUCAACGACGAUAAAUGCCACGGUCUCUGCAUUCAUGGCAGUUUUCUCUGUUGGACCGCUUUUUUGGGGCGCUCUCGCAGAUUUUGGUGGAAGAAAAUUUCUAUACAUGGUAUCUUUGUCUUUAAUGCUAACUGUUAAUAUAUUAUUGGCUGCUGUACCGGCAAAUAUUGCGGCGCUCUUUGUUCUAAGAGUGUUCCAAGCUUUCUCAUCCAGUUCUGUCAUUUCUUUGGGGGCUGGCACUGUAACAGAUGUUGUUCCUCCAAAACACAGAGGGAAAGCAAUAGCAUAUUUUAUGAUGGGCCCAAACAUGGGUCCAAUCAUAGCACCUAUCGUAGCUGGGUUAAUUUUAAUGAAGGGAAAUUACUGGAGAUGGCUUUUUGGUUUUACCUCUAUCAUGACAGGAAUAGCAUUGAUCUUGGUCAGUGCAUUUCUUCCAGAAACACUACGUUGUAUAGUUGGAAAUGGGGAUCCUAAGUGGGGAGAAAAGAAGAGUGAAGCUGAUGAUAAAGAACUCUCAUUACCGCAAAAAAAGGGAGUAUCGGAUAGGCGUCUUUUCCCGGAUAUGGGUAUUCGUAAACCAGUCAGCAAUGAUCCUUUCUUUCAACAGAAAUUUCCAAAACCACCUAAGGCAGGCCUGACCCUAUAUUGGAAAAUGAUCAAAUGUCUUCCAAUAUUAGUCACAUCUAUCAGUACCGCAUUACUGUUUUCUAGUUACUAUGCCUUCAGCGUUACAUUUUCUUAUUAUCUUGAAAAUGACUAUCAUUUUAAUAUGUUAGAAAUUGGUGCCGCUUACGUCUGUCCAGGCGUAGCCAUGUUACUGGGAUCCCAAUCUGGCGGCCACCUUUCAGAUUAUCUUCGUUCACGAUGGAUCAAAACACACCCCAAAAAAAGGUUUCCUGCAGAGUUUCGUUUGUUACUGAAUUUGAUUGGAAUUUUGCUAACAAUCUGCGGUACAGUUGGAUAUGGAUGGUCGAUUUUCUUUCACUACCAUUUUGUGGUGCUUUUGGUUUUUUCUGCCCUAACGGCUUUUGGCAUGACUUGGUGCAGUAAUACCUCCAUGACAUAUUUGACUGAGCUGUUUCCUAAAAGGGCCGCCGGGACGGUUGCCGUUAGCAGUUUCUUUCGAAAUAUUGGCGCAGCCAUAAGUUCCGCCAUUAUUUUGAAACUGUGUAAGGCGAUGGGAAUAGGAUGGUGUUUUACAGGACUUGCUAUUUGCAAUUUGAUUUCGCUCGUUGGUAUAUUAUAUCUGAUCAUUUUUCAAAGAAAAUAUACUACGGAAGGUUUUUAA